AUGAGCAUGGGAGGGGCAGACAAUUUUCUCCUAGCUAUGGGUCCUAUCGGGGUUAUCACUAUUGUUGUGAACGCGAUUCGGAUAGGUGGCUGCAUUCUGCUUAAAUCUCUGAUUGGACGAUCAAGAACACAGGCAGUUGCGGAACAGGAGCUUCUAUCCUCGACCUCCUCUGAGGUUUGCGAAGUAUGGAACGGCCAGCACGUUUCACGGUUGAUCGGAGAACCUAGAGGAAUAUUGACCGUUGUUCUUGAAAGCGACGGCAAGAUGAUGACACUUCCGAAAGCCCUCGGAUUAGGCCAUAUUACAACCAAAGAUAACAGGAGCAAGAGUAAUCACUUCUUGCUUGACUGCGUGGCGCCUGGCCUUUUGUCUACCUUUGUGCUGAAUUAUGUGCUCAAGGUUUCACCGAGUAACGAUGGUGCAAAGAGUGGGGACGAUCAACACAACUACUCUCUCGAAGACAACGCAAGCCACGCCGCUCUAAACCUGCCCCCGAAUCUGACACUUAAUACUCGCUCUAAGCCUGCCAAUCCAUGCGAAAUAUGGUCAUGGGCAGGGCUUGGGCUUAUUCUUCAUACUUUCGCUGUUGUUUACCCUGGCAUAACAACAUACUAUUUCAAGUGGAACAAGGGCGAAACAGCUGUGGCUAGGUACAGCUAUCCGUGCUUUGCCGCGGGUACUGUAUCAUUGGCAAUAGGCGUCAUGUUAUGUGGCCACAUCAUCGAGAGUGCCACUCAGGAAACAAUAUAUUCUUCCUUAGUGACGGUGCCAGGAGAAAGGGCAUGA